AUGGUUUCGAAAUAUGAGAAGAAAAUGGCUCUGGAAGAAAGUCCCCUAACUCCUGGGAAAGACAGGGUAAGGAAGAGACCUGUCAGAAAUGUGGACAGUUUUACUGCUCAAGCUAUCCGCAAUUUGUUAAUGGAGCUGCACAGAAAAGGAACACAUUUCACCCUGAAAACAUUCCUUCAUCGCAUUCGGGAGAGGGGUAUUGAAUUUGAGGGAGGGCGUGAAUCCCUCAGAAAGGUGUUGCACGACAAGGGAUUUUAUUAUGAGAGACGGAAUGCUACAGCUUUUCUAAAGGAAAUGCACAGAAUUGCAGAGCUGCGCUUUAAAUUUCUCAAAUUCUUCCACCAGUUCUACAAUGAUGACAAAUUUUCCCGAAAAUACCUGGAUGAGACGUGGAUUUUCCAGCAUGGAUCUGGCGUCUCAUACCAGUGGACCAAUGGUGACUGGCGGUGCCAGAGGUCCAAACAAAAGGUUGGAGGAAUCCGGUACAUUGUUGUGCAUUGUGGUGGGGAAAAUGGAUUCGUUCCAGGUGCCCUCUUGGUUUAUCACUCCAAGUUGAAGCCAAAGCCUGGCAGUGAUUAUCAUGGAGACAUGAACAGCUCCAUUUUCUCUACCUACUAUGGUAAGAAAGUGAUCCCAAAUGUCCAGGAAAAAUCUGUGUUCUUCAUGGAUAAUGCAUCCUACCACAAAUUCCAGGUGAUUAUUGUCAUUAAUACUCUUGUUAGGAAGGACCCAAGAUACAAGAAACCCACAACAAAUGCCUCAAAAGCUAGUAUGGUGGCCUGGCUUGCAUUUCACGGGGUAAUUGCUGACGAAGUUCAUUACACCCAGAAGGAAUUAUAUGAUUUAUGCAGAAAAAUUGAUGUGAAACCAGUUUACCCAAUUGUGGAUAUGACUAUCAAAGCUGGUCAUGCUAUUGUUUGGACCCCACCCUACCACCCAGAGUACCAGCCUAUUGAGCUUGUGUGGGGGAUUGCCAAGCGGUACUUUGACAGCCACAUAGAUGAGAUUCCCCAAAAGUGGCCACAAGCUAAACAUUCUGAUGCAGUGAUCCUUCUGUGGAAAGAGUCGCUUUCCACAGUGACUCCAGAUGUGUGGAAAAAUGUUGUUCGGCAUGUGGAGAGCAGGAUUCUGAAGGACUAUGAGGACCAAGUUGGUAGAUUUGGUGCCUGUGCAGUUCCCCACAGGAUCAUCAUCAAUCUUGGAGAGGACAGCGACUCGUCUGAUUCAGACCCAGAUGAUCCUCCUCCCACAGAGGAUGGUGGUCCACUUCAAGGGGGUCCUUCCUUCAUUACUCCACUCUCUCCACUCCUGAGAGAAGUAACUGGUGUGACCCCUUUACCUGAUGCUGAGGCUGCUGAGUACCUGUCUGUAGAUGAGUCAUCGUCUCUAGCUUGGAGCAUGAUAGAUAGCAGGUGUGUUUCUUAUGGAGCAAUGCAGGCAGCUCUUGAGACAAUAGCAACACCUGAAGUGUUAUUUACUCAUGAGGCAAUACAACUAAUGUCCUGCAAGCCCAGCCUGUCUGCUGAACCUAAGAGGCAGCAUUCGCCAAAUCAUGCUGAACAGAAGAGCCAGCAUUUGCAUGAAAGCAGUGGAGCUAGGGAAGUAGUAGUUUCUUCUGAAGACGAGUCUUCACAACAGGAGCCACUCAGCAUUUCGUAUGAUAUUCAGGAACUUUCUAAUCUGAGCCCAGAGACUCCAGUUAUUGUAAAAUUUGGAAUCACCAUGACAGUAGAAACGUUGUCAGUUCUGCUGUCAUGUGAAUGGCUGAAUGAUGAGAUCAUACUGUUUUAUUUAAAUCUUAUCAAAGAAAAAAUGAAAGGCAAAAAAAUUCAUGUAUUUAGCUCUCACCUGUACACCAAAAUGAGUACUGACAUUCAAUCUGUAAAGAAGUGGACCAAGAAUGUUGACUUAUUGGAUUGUGAUGUUAUUUUCAUGCUAAUUUUCAUUCCUGACCACUGGUGCUUAUGCGUGAUUGAACCACAGGCAUAUGAAAUAACCUACUACGACUCUCUGGGUGGCAGAAACAACCACUGUUUAAAUAGAGUACUGACCUAUUUAAGCACAGAGCAUGGGUGGAAGAAAAGAGCUGGCCCCUUUCUAUUUAAUAAGUGGAAAAAAAACCAUGCUAGUGGAAUAGGUAGUCAACCAAACUCAUGGGACUGUGGUGUUUUUGUGUGUUACUAUGCCCGGAUGGUUGCUGAGGGAAACACCAUCACAGAUUCCAUCGAGUGGCUAACCAACAGGAGGAGGCAGAUGGCCAAGGAAAUUCUGGCAGGUGUCCUUCAGGAUCACAGUGCAGUUUGCACUUCCUCUGAAACUGUAACUUGCCAACGUGUUACUGUACCUCAUAAGUGGGAGAGCAAAACUGCUGGGUAUGGAAUCAAAAACGUUGGCCAGACCUGUUUUGCUGCAGCCAUCCUACAGGCACUUUUCAACUGUGCACCCUUUGUUGCCUGGCUGCUCAGUGAAAGUGAAAUGUCCCACCGAAAGACUUGCCAGCCUGGAAAAUUUUGCCUCCCAUGUGUUUUGCAUGAAUUGUACUCUACAUCAUUAAGAACUACUGUAGAUCCCAGUGCUCUUAUAAAGUCCCUAAGUGAUUUCUGGCCUGAGUACAUCAUGGGCACACAGCAAGACUGCCAUGAAUUUUUAAUAAAGUUACUUGAGAACAUAGAAAUACAGUGUGUCAGCAGGGCUGAACAUGUCAUUUCUCCAAUUCAGCAAAUAUUUGGUGGUAUUCUUCGUUAUGUGGUGUCUUGCAAUGUAUGCAAGAGGAAGUCAAUAACAGAGCAGAGCUUCAAGGACCUGCCUCUUGACGUAACACCGAUCCUUAAUAACUCAAUUUCAAAUUUUUUUCGUGCAGAGGUUAUUGCAGGCUACAAAUGUGUUGGCUGUCACCAACAUGUCCAAUGUACAAAAAGGGCUGAAAUAGUACAACCCCCUGAAGUUUUAUUGAUCCAAUUAAAGAGGUUCACAGGUGAUGGUAAGAAAAUAAAAAUAUUUGUAAAAUACAAUCCAACCAUCACCCUAUCAUCCACAAAGUACAGUUUCAAAUGUGCCGUGACCCAUGUUGGGGAUGGUCUUGCAGACGGACAUUAUGUGGCUGUUGCGCAGUGUCCAGAUCAGUUGUUUAGGCACUUUGAUGACCAAGAGGUAUCUUCAUUUACCCUUGCAAAAUUACCUGGGUUUGCCACUAAAGAUGUCACCCAAUACAGUACUGCUCUAUUCAGCAGACUGAUGUUGUCUGAUUGUGUUUCCCGGCUGGGCACCUGAACGAAAUAGGAGCCGCAUAUGACGUCACCGAUUUCGGCGGUUUCUCAGGUCGGA